AUGCAGUCUGCACGAUACGCUAGCGAACUUAUUCAAGACCGAAUAAGCUUAUACCUGAGUGCAUCCUCAGUGUCUAUAUCUGGGGUAAGACCACUCAAGAGAAGGUAUUCCCCUCAACAGUCGAUUCAACCAACUGACACUACAUCUACGUCUAUAUUAGAAUGCACACCCUUGGAAUCAAAUAUGAAAGGUGAUCUUGUAGACAAAAAAACAGGAAGAAAAGUCACACUCAAGGGAAUAAAUGUCGAUUCACAAAUGAAAUUACCUGCCACUCCCUAUAUGCCGAGCUAUGAAGGUGACUGUACCGAUCCCGACAAUAUAUUUUUCGAUGGAGAUAACGUAUCGUUUGUGGGGAGGCCAUUCCCCUUACAAGAAGCUAGAAUGCACCUUCAGAGAAUCAAGGACUGGGGGUAUACUACGAUUAGAUACUUGAUCACAUGGGAAGCAAUGGAACAUGCGGGUCCAGGGAAAUACGACCGUGAGUUUGUCAACUAUACCAUUGAAGUAUUGAAAAUCAUUGAAGAAGUUGGUGGAUUGUAUGUGUUUUUUGAAUUUCAUCAAGAUGUUUGGUCACGGUAUUCUGGAGGCAGUGGAGCACCUAUGUGGACCUUUUAUGCUGCUGGACUAGACCCAAAAUGUUUCGCCAAAACAGAGGCGGCAAUCCUACACAAUGAACCAAGGUUCCACGAUUCUUCCGACACCUACCACAAGAUGCUUUGGACUUCCAACUACAAACGCUUGGCUUCACUUGUCAUGUUUACCUUAUUCUUUGCCGGUAAGAUUUAUUUCCCCGACUUGAUAUUAAACGGCGAAAACAUACAGGACUAUUUACAAAAUCAUUUCCUUGGAGCAGUUGAGUUUCUUUGGAAACGUAUUUGCCGCAAACUCCCGAAAUUGAUAAAAAAUGGGACAAUCCUUGGAUUUGAAUCGAUGAAUGAACCCAACAGUGGACUUAUUGGGUACCCUGAUUUGAGUCGUGUUCCUGAUUACCAGCAAUUACGUGUUGGAACAACCCCAACAGCCUUCCAAGCAAUGAAAUUGGGUAUGGGGUUCACCUGUGAAGUAGACGAGUACCACAUAAGUGUGACGGGUCCUCGUAAAACGGGUAUCAAAAUUGUCGAUCCAAAGGGAGCCAGAGCAUGGAUCUCUCGUGCUACUGCGCAAAAAAUAGACAAACAUUAUGGUUUCAAAAGGUGCACGGACUGGCCCAUUGGCAAGUGUAUUUUUGCCCACAAGGGUAUCUGGAAAUGGACCGACGGGUUUGAUUUUAACUCUUUACAAGAACUCACACAAGAGCAAAGAUUGGAGGUGAGCUCUAAAUGCCAAAUGCUUGAUCCAGAACACUUUUCAAAGCUGCAAUCUACUGGCCGCAUAGACGCUGAGUAUUUUGUCAACAAUCAUUUUGUUGACCAUUAUAUUGCAUUCAAAAAUGUUGUUAGAAAAAUAUACCCUGAUCUGUUUGUGUUUAUGCUGACACCAGUUUUGGAAAUACCACCAACUCUCAAACUCGAUGAUAGAAAUAUUAUUGAUAAGAAAACCGUCUAUUGUCCACAUUACUAUGACGGCUUAUCAUUAAUGUUCAAGUGCUGGAACGUCAAAUACAAUGUGGACACUCUUGGAAUAAUGCGUAAUCGCUACUUAAACCCGGUCUUGGGUAUCGUUUUUGGAGAAAGAGCAAUUAGAAACUGCUUAAAGAAACAGUUUAUGGAAAUGAGAAACGAGUGCAACACCCAUUUGGGGAACAUUCCCAUCUUGAUGUCAGAAACUGGUAUGCCAUUUGAUAUGGAUAGAAAGCGAGCUUAUAGAGACGGAAUGUUUGACUCCCAAACAGCUGCGUUGGACGCCAUUAGCAAUGCUCUUGAAGGCGCAAAUAUGUCACACACUUAUUGGUGCUACAACAGUGCCAACAAUCACAAAUGGGGAGACAAUUGGAAUAAUGAAGACUUUUCAUUUUGGUCACCAGAUGAUCGUUUACUAACGUUUGACGAGGACUGUAAUGAAAACCAAAGUAUUAGCUCACGAAGACGCAGGCGAAGAUCAUUUAAAAAGGAUCCACGAACUGCACUUCGGCGUGCCGUGGUAGCUACGAAAAUGGGGUUGAGUGCAUCAAGAGGCAGUACACGAUCAGCAGCAUCGGAGUCAUCUUUUACUUCUGAAAAGGAUUCUUCUGAAGGCUACGAGUCCGACGAUACAUCGUCUCAGUGUUCAUUGAUCACUUCACACAGUCUGAAUAUUUACCACCGCCAAUUCAAAAAAUGCUACCCUUCACCAGACGGUGUUAGAGCUGUAUCAGCUACUAUAAGGCCAUACCUCAUGGCUACCAAGGGAAGUGUAGUUGCAGUUGAGUUUGAUAUCAAAUCAGUCAAAUAUUCUUUGCUGUUGUCAAUCGACAAGUCAGAUUUGUCGCUUGAAACAACACCAAGCAUUAUUUUCGUACCCAAAUGGCAUUACCCGUUUUUAGACUAUGGCGACAUUUACUUGACUUCCGGGUACGUCAAAUACAACGAGGAACUCCAGUAUCUUGAAUGGUACCACUCUAGAGAUCCGACACUUCCCGAAGACGAAAACGAAACCACCCAAGGCAUUUCUACAGAAACAAUCAUCAUCAAAAACAAUAGCGGAUCCUUAGAGGAUUCCAAACUAGUAGAAGAGAAAGGUGUGUUUGGAAACGAGAUAGGAUGUCCCGUUACAUAG